GGUCCCUGGAAUUCUUAGCCGCUGCCCCCACAGUCAUCAUGCCGAGGAAACCUAUCAGCUCGCGAGAGCUGCCUGCUUCCUGGAUUGUUGCAUUUGCGGGCGCAGCUUCGCCCGUCGUCACUUGUCCGCAGCCAUUGUUUGUCUCCAUCUCGACCAAAUUGUCUGAUGACAAAGCCCACAUAGGCACUCUCGUGUGGUCCCCCUCGGCGUGGUUGGGCUGCUUGACAUGGUGGCCUUUACCAGCUUCCCGCCGCCCAGUGGCAUUCAACGGUCGUCGCCAACGCAAACCUAGGACUGGCUUGGCGCCCCUUGGCAAGCGAGCAACUGUAGCCUCUGCCAGUGCGCCUGCAGCAUUGAUCGGGAUGAGAUGGACCUCUGGAUCGACUCCAGGGAGGCGAAUGUGUGCGCAAACGCAAGCGCUGCCCCUAAAUUGGAGGCUGUGUGGUGCAAUCAAGUGCCCAAGAUCUUCCGGUCCGAAAAGCCACCGUCUGAAUGGGAAACUCUGUUUCUCUUAUCACCACAGCUCCCAGCAACUCUAGGGACAGCCAGGCACGCAUGCCAAACGCUUGGUACUUGUCGCCAACAGCUUGCGCAUUUCUCAAGGUUUGGGCACGACCAUAGUAUUUGUCUUGAUGAUCAUCACUGCUGCAACUUUCAGCUGUCGGCCAUUAAGAGAUCUACAUUCUCAACAGCCCGCGGCAUGCCGUUGGAUCAGAACUGAUGCACCCUUGUUGCUCGGACAAGGUUUGAGCUGCUGCUCGCAAGGCAUAGCUUUUCCUGCCAACCAACAUUGUGCGCAUCGUGUUGACGACAAUGACCGUCACGACUCCCCAACCCGUCUACCAGACUCCUGUGAGGACUGGGUGGCUUGUUA